GAUUUUCGCGUUCAUCGGACUAAAAUGGCGUCCAAAGAUGAAUCCUUAAAUAAUAUAACUUUAAAAGGUACACUAGUUUCAGAACUUAAAGUUACAGACAUUAAACGAGAGCUCGAAAAAAGAGGUCUCUCAAAGAGUGGAAGCAAGCAACAACUUACUGAACGCUUACAAGCUCAACUCUUAUUAGAGAAACUGCAGCAGGAUGCAGCUCAGUCCUCAGGAGAUGAACUGGAAGGGAAAGUGCCGAACAUGGCGCUUCAACAAGAUAACAAAGCAGGACAGAGUGAAUUUGUUCGACAAUAUCUAGAACAGCAACAGAAAAAUUUGGAAAUACAGAUGGAAGUAAAGAAACAGGUUGAAGAAGAAAGAAAGAGAAAAUCAGCAGACGAAUCGUCCGCUGACGAAUCAAAUCCAGCUGGCAAUAAAGCCUCUAAUGACCCGGAUGUGAACUCGCCGAAAAAGUUCAAGGACGAUUCUAGCAACGCACCUGCGAAGUCUAAAGAAAAAAUGCCGAAACCGGCUAGAAAAAGCAGUAGAAAUGCUUCAAAAGGGGAAAACGGUCAAGAAAGUGAAGUAGUUAAAGAGCGUUCUAGAUCUCCCACCCCAGACAGUGAAAGACUUAGAGAACGGACACGGUCAGGAUCAUCCUCCAGUUCCCGGUCACCAACCCCUGAAAAACCCUCAAGGAGUCGAAGGGGUCGACAGGCACGCGGGAGGGCUUCUAAACGAGGAGGGGGUAGGCGGAGAGGUAACUAUGCCACAAAGUCAAGGUCAUCCUCUUCUUCAUCAGAAGAGGUUGCCCCCAAGAAGAAAAGGCGCAGUACUAAUUCAGUGAGCUCUCGGUCAAGGUCUAGAUCACCUCAAAUGAUAUCUCAAGAGUCUACCAGAAGAUCUAGUCGACGUGGUGCUGCCAUCAAAAGCACCCCAGAACAUCAGCUUGAAGAAGCUGAGGACAAAGUUGUAAGCCAAAUAAAAAAGGCUGAGGUUGAAGAAAACGCUGAGCCACCAGCGGUUCAAGCCAAGAAAAGGCAAAAAUUAGCAGCUGGGGAGACACCUGUUGAUAAGGUGGUUGAAGAAAGUGCUACCAUAUCUCAGGCUACAACUCUGGCAUCUCAAUCUGAAGUAGAAAUGGUUGAUGUGCCAUCUGUCAGUGCAAUCCCAGCAUCACCAAAAGAAGCAUCUUCCGUAAUGGAUACAUCUGAACCUCUCAGCAGCAAAGAAGAUGAAGUUAGUAAAUCUGAGGAUUUGGAAACCAAACCUCAAUCAAUCAGCAGUGACUCUACCACUGUAAAGGACAAUAUCCAAGACGUAGCAACUGAAAGUGCAUCAGUGGCAACCACAGAGACUGAAUCCCAUUCAGAAAAGGAUUCAGAGAAUCUUGCGGUGGAUACCAGUGAUAGGGUUAAAGAAACUGAGCCUCAAGCUAAAAGCACAGAAACACCUGUAACAUUGUCUGAGAAAGAUUCUAGUGAACAAAACAGAAGAGUUCUUAGCAGAAGGUCUUCCUCUAAAAGUCCUUCUGCAGAGAAGUCUAAAAAGAAAUCAAGAUCAUCUUCCUCCUCUUCCUCAUCUUCGUCCCGGUCAAGGACUAGAUCCAAAUCACCAAAACAUAAACCAGUCAGAUCCCCUUCCUCCAGUUCACAGUCCAGGUCUCGGUCUAGAUCUAGUUCAUCAAGCAGUAGCAGCAGUGAUUCAUCUGGCAGCAGACGUAAAGCAGCAGUCCCAAGAAAAGGCCCUGAGCCAUCGAAGUCACCAUCGCCUCAACAGGAAAUAACCAAGACUGAGACCCCAGAUACAAGCCAAAGUGCCCAGAAACCUGCUCUUAAAGAAACUGUUAAAAAUGAUGGUGAUAACAAGUCUAAAAAAGAUGUAUCUAGUGUACAGAAAACAAAAGACAGUGAUCAGGCUGAGACACUCAAGGCUCCAGAAGUUGUAGCCCAACAGAGUGUCAAAAGUGAAACAGUGCCAGACAACGGUAGUGAUCCAACUGGUAACAGCAAGACAACAGAAAAAGAAGAAGGUACAGUGAAGAAGGACAAGACUGCUAAGAAGAGGAAAUGGGGAUCCAAGACAUCUAAAGCUGCCAAGCCAGUUAAGAGAACCACCAGCAUUGAAAUCUCAUCAGAUUCAUUAAAGAAUCUCAUUGGUGAUGUGAAGUUAUCUGAAUCUGUCUUUGAUAUGGACACAGAAAUGGUGAAUACAUUAGACUAUGAUGACCAUGAAGAAGACAGAAGAGAUGUGAAAAUAAAGAAAGCCAAUGUACAGUCCCCACAAUCAGAUGAUGCAAAGGAAGAGCUGUCUCAAGAUGGGAAUGCUACAGAAGAUAUCAGAAUCAUGGAGUUACAAGAUGAUGAGCUUAAGCAAGAGUUGCAGGCAUCUGAGGAAACAGAAAAGAAGAUUGUCAAACAUGAAACAAGCAAGGAAGAAGACAAAAAGAGAGUUAAAAAACUUAAAAAGAAGAAGGAGCUUCCUGAUGAGACGGAAACAGUCCAGAAAGAGAAAGCAGUGGAAGUUGAAAAUAAGGAGCGUGUAUUUGCCUCUACACGUCCCAUUAAACCUCUGUUACCUGCUGUAGAUGAACCAGAGCCUGUCUCUGGGCUUCAAUCUCCUGCCAGAAAUACACCAGACAGAGUUAUUCGUAUAUCUGGUCUUGUCCGACCAUUUACUAUUGGUCAGUUGAAAGAGUUGUUGAAGAGGUCUGGUGAACUGGAUGAGGAUAACUUUUGGAUCAAUGAUAUCAAGUCACACUGUCUAGUAGCUUACAAAUGUCAGGAAGAUGCAGUGAAAGCAAGAGCAGCUCUGCACAAGACACGAUGGCCACAGUCCAAUCCAAAAAUUCUUCUUGUAGAUUUUGCCACCAUAAAAGAUGUAAAGCACAGGAAGUCUGAAGGUGAUGUGCCUCAGCCUGCACCAGUCAAAAAACCCAUUGACACUAAGAAACUGCAGGAACAAAAAGAGGAAGAAGAGAGGGAGAAGCGACAGAAGGUCAGAGAGUUGAGAGAAAAAGAAAGAGAAGAGAAAGAAAAGGAAAAGCGUGAUGAAAAAGAUAGGGCAAGAAAGAGAGAGCUAGAAAGAAAGAAUCCAGUUAGGGAAUGGGACAGAGAUAAAAUUCAACAGUUAUCUAAGUCUCGCUCCCGUUCUAAAGAAAGAGAAAAGCCCAGAAGGUCAAGAUCUGUUGACAAGAGCCAAAGAAAACGCAGAGAUCCUAGUAGAGAAAAGAAAGAUGAGGAAAAAAAGAAAGAUAAAAAACAAAAAGAGACGAAAUCUGAAGAGGAACCACCAGCGAAACUGCUUGAUGAUCUUUUCCGCAAGACAAAAGCUGUGCCUUGUAUUUAUUGGUUGCCUCUUACCGAAGAACAGGCUGUCCUGAGAGCUUUAAAAAAACAGGAGUUUGAAAAGGAGAGGCAGAAAAAAAUAGCUGCUGCUGAAGAAAGAGAGAAGGAAGAGUUAAAAAAACGAGAAGCUGUAAGAUUGGAGCGAAUAAAAGAAAGAGAGCGAGAAAGGGAAAGAAGUCGAGAAAGGGAAAGGGAGAGAGAGAAUCGCAGGCAAGAAAGAAGUCGAUCCAGCAGAAGUGAUAGCAGAAGUAGAUCCAGGAGGAGGCGCUGAAAAUAGAAAUGCAUAUUUUGUUUGUCACAAUUUUGUUUUGAUUAUUUAAAAUAUGAUGCUGUUCUUUGUGAUGUAUCUGACAAGUGACUUAGAGCACAGUAACACAGUCACAACUGAUGUGGUCCAUUUUUUUUUAAAACUAGUUUCCUCAUCUCACAUUGACAUUUGGAAUCAAACAAAAAAAGGAAUUUCUUUUUUUAUGCUAAUAAAAAUAUUUUAAUAUAAGA